GUUGUGCAGCGGGGCAUUGUGGGUAGUGAGGAAUAGUGUCACGUUUUGAAUCCAGCAUGGCAGCGAAACAGAAAAGGAAACUAGAAGAACUCAGUGUCGAUGAGUUCCUUCUCUCAGGGUUUGACUCUGCAGAUGAAGGUGAAUCUGAAGAAGAGACUCCCAAACAGAAGGGGCCCAAGAACAAGAAAAAGUUGGACUCUGCAGCUUCUCAAAUAGAGGAUAAGAAGAAAGGCAAGGCCUCUGAGCACAAGGAGCAGCUGUCCAGAUUAAAGAGCAAAGAUCCAGAGUUCUACAAGUUUCUGCAAGCCAACGACCAAACGCUGCUAAAUUUCGACGACACCGACAGCUCUGAGGAUGAGGAUGAGAAAAGAUACCACAAAUUACCAUCUACACUGGAGGAGCCCAGCUCUGGUGACGAUGAUGAUGACGACGAUGAUGAAGACGGUCAGAAAAGUUCGAAGAAAUCCAAGCAGGCAGUGGAGGCUAUCAAAGUCACGGAAAAAAUGAUUGAAGACUGGAAAACUGCUUUGAAGAAAGAGCCCACUCCUCGUCUCUUCAGAGAAGUCACUCAGGCCUUUAAGGCUGCUGUCGCCACGACGAAGGGGGAAGGCGGUGGUCAGUGUCGAUACAAAGUAGCUGACAGUUCAGUGUUCAACGCUUUGGUCCUGUUCUGUAUCAGAGAUAUUCAUGUGACCAUGCAGAGGAUGCUCAACCUGAAGCCGGAUAAAGACCAGAAAAAAUUGGUGUUCCCUUCAUCGAGUCCAAAAUGGCAGAGGAAUCAGCUUGACAUAAAGAUGUAUCUCAGUGGAGUUGUUCAGCUGUUAUCCUGUCUAACAGAAGCUACAGUCAUCACCGCCGUCCUGCAGCACACCAACCAGCUUGUACCUUAUUACCUUUGUCUACCCAAACAGUGUCGUCACCUGGUAAAGCAACUUCUGAAGCAGUGGAGCACAGGGGAAGAGACAAGUCGGGUUCUCGCCUUCUUGGCCCUCAACAAAAUCUGCAGACACAAGCAGGAAACGUAUCUUAACCCUAUUCUCAAGCAAAUGUACAUUUCCUACGUGCAGAACUGCAAGUUCACAUCUCCCAACGUGCUGCCCAUGAUCAACUUCAUGCAGAGAACUCUCUCAGAGAUGUACGCGCUGGACACACAGGCCACUUAUCAGCACUCCUUCAUGUACAUCCGACAGCUCGCCAUCCACCUCAGAAAUGCCAUGACAAUGAAGAAAAAGGAAACAUACCAGUCGGUGUAUAACUGGCAGUACAUCCACUGUCUGUACCUGUGGUGUCGAGUCCUCAGCACCCUGCACCCGAGUGAUGUACUCCAACCUCUGAUCUAUCCGCUCUGCCAAGUUAUAAUUGGCACUAUCAAAUUGGUGCCCACAGCAAGAUACUACCCUCUGAGGAUGCACUGUUGCAGAGCCCUCACCCUGCUGUCUAGCAGCACCAAAACAUUUGUCCCUGUUCUGCCCUUCCUCGUGGAGAUCUUCCAGCAGGUGGACUUCAACAAGAAACCUGGACGGAUGAGCAAGAAACCCAUCAACUUUGCGGUCAUCCUGAAGCUCAACAAGGUCAACCUUAUGGAGAAAGCUUACAAGGACGGAUUGAUCGACCAGCUGUAUGACCUGAUACUCGAAUACUUCCACACUCAGGCCAACUCCAUCGGCUUCCCUGAACUCGCUCUGCCCACCAUUAUUCAGCUGAAAGCAUUCCUGAAGGAAUGCAAAGUGGCCAAUUACUCCAAGCCGGUGCGCCAGCUGUUGGAGAAGGUACAGGAGAACAGCAGCUACAUCACAGGACGGAGACAGAAGGCCGCCUUCGGAGUGGCUGAUGCCGCCGCUGUGGCGGCCUGGGAGAAGCAGAUCCAGGAGGAGGGGACUCCCCUCAGCAGGUACUACAGCCAGUGGAAGAAGCUGAGGGAGAAGGAGAUCCAGCUGGAGAUCUCUGGCAAAGAAAGGAUGGAGGAUCUGGACCUCCCUGAGAUCAAACGCAAGAAGAUUCAAGAGAAGAAGGCAGAGGACAAGAAGGAGUUCAAGGAUCUGUUCCAGUCUGACAGCGACUCAGACGGAGAUGAUGCAGGAAUCAAAAUCAAAGGUAAGAAGAGCAGCCGUGCGUCAGAUGGUGAUGAGGAUGAUUUGGAAGAUCUGUCUGACCUAAGCGAUGACGAGGGGAUGGAGGGAGGAGAGUCAGAUGACGAUGACGACGGCGAUGAUGACGAUGAGGAGGAGGAAGGAGAUGAAAAGGCCUCCAAGACUCCUCAGCCGCUGUCCUCCUCUGCUCUGAUAAAGCUGGCAGAGGGAGACGAGGAUGUGGUUGAAGACCUGGAGCUGUCUGAUGAUGACUAAGAUUCAUGGAUGUUUACUGCUCUCCACCGUAACCAUCUAUACUUACAGUAUUUUUGGACUCCAUGCUAUUUUCUUUGCUUUUGAAUUUUGUAUUGCUUCACAUGUACAGUACAAAUAAGUUCAUGAUGUAAUUUUAUUAAGCACCAAAAAGUGUAAAAAUACAAAAAAAGCGCAGUUCAAGAA